AUGAGUGCUCUACUAUCAGCAGAUGAUUUAAAUGAUUUUAUAUCACCUGGUGUAGCUUGUAUAAAACCACUAGCAUCAUCAUCAACCAAUACCACCACCACCAAUACUACUGACUCAUAUAAUGAAAAUGGAGAAGUAGAAAUUCAAAUAGAUUCACAAGGAAAUCCAUUAGAAAUUUCAAAAAUUGAUGAUAAACAAUUUCAAACUAAUAAAUUAACACCAGCACAAAUAUCAUUAGCUGAUUGUCUUGCUUGUUCAGGUUGUAUAACAUCAGCUGAAGAAGUAUUAGUAGCACAACAUUCUCAUCAAGAAUUAAUUAAAGCCCUUCAAUCACAAAAGGAAACCAAUAAAGUGUUUGUUGUUAGUAUAUCUCAUCAAUCAAGGGCAUCAUUAGCAAUGGCAUAUAAUGUAUCGAUUGAAAAUAUGGAUAAAUGUUUGAUUGAUUUAUUUAUUAGACAAAUGGGAUUUACUUAUAUUGUUGGGACAUCAUUAGGAAGAAAAUUAUCAUUAAUUAAUGAAGCCAAAGAGAUAAUCAACAGAAAAACCAAAGGCAGUGGUACUGGUGGUAUUGACUCAGAUUCCUCCUCAGGACCUAUAUUAUCAUCAAUUUGUCCUGGUUGGGUCUUAUACGCUGAAAAGACUCAUCCUUAUAUAAUUCCAAAAAUGUCAACCGUAAAAUCACCACAACAAAUCACGGGAUGUUUAUUAAAAAAUUUAACUUCAAAUUCAUUAAAUAUUGAAAAAUCAAAAAUUUAUCAUUUAUCAAUCAUGCCUUGUUUUGAUAAAAAAUUAGAAAGUGCUCGACCGGAAGUAUAUGAAGAAGAAGAAGAAGAAGAAGAAGAAAAAGACAAGGCCUUAGUGCUGGUUCCUGAUGUUGAUUGUGUUAUUACUGCUAAAGAAUUAAUUACAUUAUUAGAAGAAUGUCCUCAAUAUCAAUUAAUCCCACCAACACUACCACAAGAAGAACUUAUUGGUGGUGGUUGUUUAUCAAUGACGGAAAUUUAUAAACAAUAUGCACCACCAAAUUGGCCAUUUAUAGAAAUAUCAUGGUCAAAUGAUUCAGGUUCAGCAUCAGGAGGAUAUGCAUAUAAUUAUUUAACCAUUUAUCGAAAUGAUUUAAUAUUAAAAGGUUAUGAUGGUAAUAAAUUCACCAUAAAUUUAAUUAAUGGACGUAAUCCAGAUAUUUAUGAAAUGAGAUUAAUGUAUAAUGGUGAAAAUAAAGAAAAAUUGGCUAGUGCUGCUGUUGUCAAUGGAUUUAGAAAUAUUCAAAAUUUAGUAAGGAAAUUGAAACCAAACACAGGAAAGUCAACAAACACCACCACCACCACCACAAAGAGUAAAGUUAAUCCAUUGGCAGCUAGAAGAAGAGCAAGAAUAGCCAACAAUCGAGGUAAACCAGAAACAAAAUCAACAUCAGAAGUGAAUUCCCAAGAAAUGGAAAUUGUUGCUGAUGCUUCAAAAGUUGAUUAUGUUGAAAUAAUGGCAUGUCCUAAUGGUUGUAUUAAUGGAGGUGGUCAAAUCAGUGCUCCAAAUACCACCACCACCAGUAUCACGUUACCACAAAAGGAGAUUGAAAAACAAUGGAUUAAUGCAGUAUUAGAGAAAUAUAAUAGUAUUCCAAUGUUUGAUUUAAGUUCACAAUCAUCAUCAUCAUCAUCACCAAAUGAAAUUAUUAAAUUUAUUGAAUGGAGUAAAAAAUUUGAAAAUCAAUUUAAUAUUAGUGAUAAUCGAUUAUUUAAAACUCAUUUUAAUCCCGUGGAGAAAAAUAUCAUCAUGUCAGUUGAUGAUCCUGCUACUGCUUUAUUAGUUGGAUCUAAGUGGUAA